GUGCGGGGGGCUUCGAGCGCGAAGCGCUGUUUCAAGACGAGUUCGACCAAACUUGCCAAACCUGGUAGAGGUAGGGUGGACGCACCUGGGCUUGGGUUUUAGCAAUGCGUGCAAUGUCACCCUACGUUAUGCUUGUCACUGUUUUGUUGUUGUUGCCCGGUGUCCCAAAAAUUUACGUGACAUGGCUGUGAAUCCUGAGAUGGCUGCCGUGGAGGAGAGGAGAGUCAACAUAUCUUUAAUUUUUUGGGAGCUUGUGCUCUUCACCAGACUGGUCGGAUCGCUGCAUUGUAACGUGGUCCCCGACGAUCAGCAACGCUUUACUCAAUAUAUGUUCUUGCCAACUUAGGUUCAAGGUAGUUUUGGGCACCCAACCCAGUCUUUGGCUUUGUCAGAGGUUCUGCGGUUCUGCAAUUCCAGGUAAGGGCUGAUGCAUGUUCUGAACAGUUGCUCAAGCCAAUUCGCAGCAAAUGAUUCUUGCCUGGUGGGGUCUUUCUUACAUCGGUCUGUUCUUGAGCUGGCAGAUUUUUGCGCGAAUUACUCGAAUUGGAAAUUUGCCAGGGCCCUUACCCAAUGCCAUUUAUGCAGUUGCCAGCAGUCACCACCAACAGCACCGCAUGAUUUUCGACAUAUUAUGUAGCCACUUGGGGGCACGCGUAUACAAUUCUUAUCAGAACCUGCUUUGGUAUCCAAGCUGUUUCCCAUGCUUGUGUUUCUUUUUGCUAGCACGUUUGCAACUUCUUGUCGGAUUCGGGAACUCGUUGAUGCGUUUCCCACUUGCUUUUUGCGGUUGCCUUGAGUGACCCGGACAGGGAUCUCCAGAGCACAAUCACCGGGUGUCUUGCUAUUGUGCAUACCGGUUCCAGAAAAAAGAGCAGCUAUAUAGUAUGAUGAAUGGUGUCUCCAAUGUCCCUGCGGCAACAAACAAACAUGUUGUGUGUUACCUGUUUUUUGCAUGGCUGUCAUCCGUUGGAGACGUUGAAAUACAAGGAGGAGGAGAUCAUAUGUCGGUACUGCUUUGGAGGUGGGCCUUGCUCCACAAUCCCAGCAGCUUUUAGUCUUUUGUGGCAAAAUUUUUGCGAUUACAGCUCUUUGCUUUUCAUCUGGAGCGCUAAGUACAAGAAUGGAGGCAUGCGGACUAGAUUAACCCAAACGUCCUUGGAUUUAUGGCAAGCUGUAUUUUGGGUAGCAACUUCCAGCACUGCCACGGUCUUCUCUUCUUUCACAAUGAAGGCACUGAGGAUGGGGAGCUCAUCUCACCUUGCAAGUGUGCGGGUGGUCAGAAAUUUGUACACUUGAAAUGCCUUCGUCAGUGGCAGAGGAUGGUCUUGGUAACCCAGCCAACCCACCCAGCCUUUUACGACAGGGACCUCAGGCAUCAGACGUGCAAUGUGUGCAAAUCUGAAUUCACAUGCGCACCACCAACACGCCACGAGCUUAUGGCCUCCUUCACUGGACCUGAGAUUGCAGCUCUCAUCGAUGUGGGGUGUGUCAUUGCUUCGCAUGAAGCAUUUUCAACAGAGCUGGAGAGAAGUUUAGCUACAAUGCCACCGAUGUUGAGGCACAGCAGCAGCUAUGAGCAUUGGAUUCGUGGUGCGUUCCUCAUUACACAGGUGGAGCCGGACGAAGGAAAGCUGACGAUCCGAAUUGAUUCCGAAGGCAUGCUCCAAAGAGUCUGUGCCAAGAUGGACGGCAGCCUUAGCCUUACAUUGCAGGGCCGCCGGUGGCGCGUGGCAGCCAGAGAGGAGUUGGAAGGUGUGCAAGCCGAUGCGCUUGCUAAUGGCUUUGCAGAUUUGAAAGCUCCAUGCACUGUGGUCCUGGAAUCAGAUGAGCCGGAGAAUUGCGGCAAUGAUCAUGUGGUAGCUGUGAAUCUGACAAGACCGCUGGAUUCACCACCAGAUCGUGGAUUAGUGGAAAGGGCGAUGCGAGAAAUUUGCAAGAAAUAUCGAAAAGCCAGCUCAGUGGAGAUCACCCAUUUCAUUGGUGGGCCGUGCCAAGAAGAGGAAUUGAUGUGCUGCGUUGUGCUUGGCGGUGGAGGUUGUGGAUGGACAGUGCUGAAAGACCUGGCUCAAGCGAUUGAACUGGCGUUCAGUCGUGCUGCCAAGCGCCUAGAUGCAGAAGGUGAUAUUCAUGGUGGCCAGACAGUGCGGCUUAAGGGUUUGCAGGGAGCUGCUCAUUUGAACGGUGAGAUCGGCCUGGCUUUGCGUUUUAAUGCGGACUCGGGCCGCUGGCUGGUGCGCCUACGAAAUGGAGAGGGUAAGCAGCUUCGACCUGCGAACCUUGAGGGCCUCGACGGCUCCGACGGUCGAGUCUUUGCCGUCUGGGGAGAUGCGCGUUGGUCUCGGGCACAAUUGCUGGGCGAGAUUGCAAAAGGUGAUUGGGGUCUUUGCAGAGCCAACAUAGGCGAUCUCACGUCUGGUCCAACCGAACGCUGGCCGGCCACUCGUGGACGCCUUGCUUUUGCACCUAUCACAGAGAUGACAGAGAGCUACAUGAGUGAGGCUCAGCGGGAAAUGAAUGCAGCUAGGCAAACAUUGCAGAUGCAUGCAGAGCCUCAAGAGAUUGAGGAUGAGCCAGCACGAGAGGACACAACUUCAACUGCUCCAGGCACCGCGUCAGACCAGGACAUGGCAUGCCAACCCUUGCCGAGCCAGGAAUGAAUUUAAUUUAAUACAAAGACAUAUUCAUAAAA